UGGGGCCUCCAGGGAAGAGGCCUAGGCGAUGGAAGCACAGAUUCUUGAGAAGUUUCUCUUCCUGAUAUAGCUGGAGGGGCACAGAGCUCCUCCCCUUCCCGGUUCCCCAAGAAACCAACAAGCCCACCCAGUUUUCAUGCCCAUUCAGUAUUGUAGGUUUGAAUUUUCCAAGUGGAGGUAGGCCCGGGUAGCCUGUGACUUGCAGGAGGACCGCCUUGGAGAGGCCCAUCUGCACCCUUGCAGUCUGCUGGGGACUUGGUCUCAUACUGGGCAGAGGGCCAUGCAGUGGGGUGAAGGCUGGAUCUGCUGGUCAAAUAAUGAGCUGGCCAGCUUGUUAGAUAGAUCAAAGUAUGGUGGUCCUCUGGAGAUCAAGGCCACAGUUCAGUACUCUCAAGGAAAAAGGAAGAGGAAAAUCACCAAAAUUUGGGACACAGAAAAGGCUGUAUGGAAAAGAUGUGAUCAAGCUGAGUCUAGAAGGAAAAAUAUGACAUAGCAGGAGCAAUUGGUGAAGGAAAAACACAAGCAAAUUCAUAAAGACUGUGAUAUACGUGGCCAGUUGGAAGAGCAAUGAGUGUGUCCCCAUUGGGGAAAUAAGAUUAGAGAGGCAGAUCUCCUUAUAGAUUUUUCUUGAAUCAUGAGAGAUGAAAUUGCAACAACAGUUUUCUUUGUCACAAGAUUGGUGAAAAAACACGAUAAGCUGAAUAAACAGCAAAUAGAAGACUUUUCAGAAAAGCUGAUGACAAUCCUGUUUGAAACAUACAGAAGUCACUGGCACUCUGAUUGCCCUUCCAAAGGGCAAGCCUUCAGAUGUAUCAGGAUAAACAACAAUCAGAAUAAAGAUCCCAUUCUGGAAAAGGCUUGUGCUGAGAGUAAUGUGGAUUUUUCUCAACUGGGACUUCCGAAGGAGAUGACCAUAUGGGUAGAUCCCUUUGAAGUGUGCUGUAGGUAUGGUGAGAAAAAUCAUCCAUUUACAAUUGCUUCUUUUAGAGGUAGAUGGGAGGAAUGGGAACUAUAUCAACAAAUCAGUUAUGCUGUUAAUAGAGCCUCAUUAGACUACUCCUCUGGCACUUCCUCCGAUGAAGAAAGCUAUAGCAAGGAACCUCGAAUCAUUCCUAAAGUCAGCAAUCCAAAGAGUAUUUAUCAGGUUGAAAACUUGAAACAGCCCUUUCAAUCUUGGUUCCAAAUUCCCCGAAAAAAGAACGUGGCAGAUGUCCGCGUGGGCCUCCUGGGAAACACCUACCAUGCAGCGCACAAGCACCCAAAGUGUCAAAGGCCUGCUGUGCGCCAGGUGGACAGGUACCACUGGGUCAAUGCAAACCGAUGAUGCAGAGACUGGGCACGUGAUGGGAGAGAGGCCAGAGGAGCGGCUUUAUUCUCUUUUAGAUGAAAAUGAGUCUCAGGUUGAGAGGCCCGUGAAACAGAAAAAAUGAACAUAUUAGCAACUAGGGUGCACAAUGGUGAAUCCUCUCACAUAGAUCAUGACUCUGUUCUUAGCUGUACUUUUAAUUCUUACUUAAUUUAACAUGAAGUUUUAUGUAAUAUUGAUGAAUGUACCCAGUAAGGUAGUAGGAUGAAGAUAUUGACCUGUGUUAAGAUUCAAUGUGCUAUGAAAAGUAACAAUUUAAAUAA